AUGAGCCACAGGACCUCCUCCACCUUCAGAGCGGAGAGAAGCUUCCAUUCCUCCUCAUCCUCCUCGGCCUCGGCCUCCUCAGCCUCCCACGCCCUCCCGGCCCAGGACCCGCCCAUGGAGAAGGCCUUGAGCAUGUUCUCCGAGGAUUUCGGCAGCUUCAUGCGGCCCCGCUCGGAGCCCCUGGCCUUCCCAGCAGCCUUCCCCACAGCCCGUUCCGGGGGGCCAGGCAACAUCAAGACCCUCGGAGACGCCUAUGAGUUUGCAGUGGAUGUGAGCGACUUCUCACCGGAGGACAUCAUCGUCACCACCUCCAACAACCACAUCGAGGUGCGGGCUGAGAAGCUGGCAGCUGACGGCACGGUUAUGAACACCUUCGCUCACAAGUGCCAGCUGCCGGAGGAUGUGGACCCCACAUCAGUGACCUCAGCUCUGAGGGAGGAUGGCAGCCUCACCAUCCGGGCGCGACGCCACCCACACACAGAGCACGUCCAGCAGACCUUCCGGACAGAGAUAAAAAUCUGA